AUGGCGAACAACUCGGGGGUCCGAAGUAGUCAGCGAGGGAUAAUUUCGAGUGUAGUUUCGCCAAUCCUUCAAUAUGGAGGGGUGGCCUGGAAAUUUGGUCUUUACAUCCAGUGUAACCAGCAAAAGCUGAACAGUGUGCCAAGGCGAAUGAAUUUGUGGGUCAUCAGUGCCUACUGCACCGUUUCGUCGGAGGCUGCAUGCGUUGUAGUGGAAGUCACGCCCAUCUCGGUUUUUCUGGUUGAGGACUCCUAUUGCUACGAAAAUAAGGGCACGCAAAACGUGAAAACACGAGCCAGAGAUAGCUCCAUAGCCAACUAG